AUGGCUCUAAAACAGAAGGGCAUUGAUGACCAUUUUGUUGCCCUGAUUAAAAUUCUUUAUGAUAAUCUUACUACCCAGAUAGAUCUGAAGAAUGAGCAGUUGGACCCCUUCAAGUUCUGGCUUGGAGUGAAGCAAGAUGCCGUCUCCUUUCCGUCACAGAAAAGGCUCGCCAGGUACAUUCCGGUUGAUACAGGUGGCAUCUGUGGUGGGACAGAGGGAACAAGAAUGAAUGCCAGGGACGUGCAGAUCUCAACCAGAUUAGAUAAUACGUGCAAGGUUUUACACUUGGAUCAGGGCAAUCCUCAGUAUCAUUACAGAAUGGGCGAUGAGGGCAGCCCUGCAGAGGCAGACUUGGGGAUGCUGGUGGAUGAAAAAUUGGACAUGAGACGGCGAUAUGCACUUGCAGUCCAGAAAGCCAAUUGUACCCUGAGCUGCAUAAAAGGAAGUGUGGCCAGCAGUUCAAGGGAGAUGAAGUCAAGUUCUGACUUGGAACCAACACCACUUACAGCUCUCCGUGGCAAAAAUGCUGUGUCAGUAAGCGUUGAACACAAAUUGCAGAAAAACAGGCAUCGGUGCUCCCCUGAUGAACCCAUGGCCAUCUUACAUGUGCUUAUCCUCCAAAGCUCAUCCUGCUGGUCAGAAGAACUAGAGGAAAGCAUUCAGGUUGGGGAACUUUUCUUUGUCAUUGUUCUUAACACAGUAAAUAUUCCAAAUGUAUCCCCUUAUACUAGCAAUAAAUAUCAGUGUAUCAUGUAUGGUACAAAGUACCAGGGAGUAAUAGCAAAUCUAAUAGGUGCUGCUAUUCUGGGCUGGUUCUUAAUGAUCCAUUCUUCAAUUGCUGGUAAUAUCCAUGGAUCAAGACCCUUUGGAAAACUGCAGUUUUUUGAUGGGGAUAACUAAUGUAAGGGCAUCGGCUGGUACCUGGAAUUUUUCCACAUUCCAGUCAGUGCAACAAGUCAUUUCUUCUUUGAGAAAAAUGCCAAUUAUUUCUAUUCUGAGAAAGCUCCCAAACGAGCACCUUCUCUGGCCCCCAAGGCCAAGAUUAUCACUGUUCUCGCUGAUCCAUCAGAUCAGGCGUACUCCUGGUAUCAGCACCAGGCUGUGCUUGAGGAUCCAGCAGCCCUGAAACACACCUUCCCUGAAGUGGUCACAGCGGGACCGCACAGCCCAGGGGAGAUACAGAUCCUGCAGAAGGGAUGCCUUGAGCCUGGGUGGUACAGUACUCACAUAGGAAGAUGGUUAUCUUAUAUUAUUUUCUUUUUACAGCUAUUAAUUAUAGAUGGGCAGCAACUGAGAAAUGGUGCAACUGUAGAAAUGGAUGAAGUUCAAAAGUUUGUUGGAAUUUCUCUGCGUUGUAAUUAUUCUGAUGUCUUCACAUUUGACCAUGAGAAGGGGUUUUGGUGUCAGCUGCUAGAAGAAGAAAAGACUACGUGCACAGAAGAGUGUGAAAACCAAAAAUGUGUCCGUGGACCAGGAGGUGGAGUUUCACAGGGCACCUCUGCAUGGACCAGUGCAAUGCUGUGCCAAGAAAUUGGCUCAGGCCCAGAAAGCGGCCGCAACCCCCUUGGCAUCGGCAGGGGCUGUGCCAGUGCCAUGGCCAGCGCUCCUUCUGCAGGAGCUGAAGAGAUGCUGCUCUCUGUUCAGCCACAUCGUGUACCCACGGCGUGCGUGGGCUGCUCCAAAGGAGAUGGAUAA